UGAGCCACCCUGUAAACACAGUACCCUCUGCUCCCUCUGCACACACUCUCUCUAAAUUUUCUCUCUCUUUCUUUCACUCUUGAAUAUUUUCCAAGAAAAUUCAGGGACAGCCUCGUCAGAGGCAGAAGCCGAUCGAACCAUUCAGUAUCACGUGCUGAUUCAUUGAGAUUUGCGCGGAAAGAGAGAGAGGAAGAUCUCGAGCGGAACAGACUGAUUUAAAGCAAAGGCGGCGAGAAUUUAUGAUAUAGACAUACACACUACACAUACGCACUCACUCUCUUCUGCCUCUCUCUCUCUCUCUCUCUCUCUCUCUCUCUCUCUCUCUCUCUCUCUCUAGCUUCCACAAUCCACGCUAAGAAGAUAAUUAUAUUAUUUUCUGAUUUUCCUCUGCGCCAAUCUUCAAUCUUCUCUCUGGGGACUCCAUUUAUUUCUUCUUCUUCUUCUUCUCUAUCUCUCUUUCUGUAUUGUUCUCCGCAUUGUUUCUGCAAUUCGUGUGUUGAUACCCUCCCGCGAAAUUAGUUUAUUAUACUUUCUGAGUCCAUUUUGGGCUUCUUAGCGUGUGAGCGUCAUCAAUGUCGAUAUAAAGAGCGCGCGAAAUCGAUGGGAACAGCGGUAAACUCGAGGUGGGAGCAGUAAUACAAAGUGCAGAGAUUGUUCCUGUCCGGUUUUUACUUCGGGUCCGGUGGUGGUUUUGGUAGCGUGUUUCAGAAAAAGGGACUCCCUCUGCGAAACAGCCAUUUUUGUUCGGGAUUUUGGGUUUCUUCUGCUGACGUCGUCUCUCUGUCUGAUUAACAGUGAGUGAAAAUAUCGAAUAUCAGAUUUCGGAGAGUGAGAGAGACAGAGAGGAUGGGCCGCUGCAGAAGAAACAGAGCUGGUGUUGGUGUCGGUGUGCUUCUGUGAAGGUUUUUUUAUAGUGGUUUCUUGGUAGUUGGUAUUUCGUUAGCGGCAUUUUGGGAUUUAAUAAUGAAGUUUAUGAAGCUAGGGUCCAAACCUGAUGCAUUUCAAUCUGAUGGCAAAUCAAUCAGGUAUGUGUCAUCUGAGCUGGCAACAGACACCACAAUCAUUGUUGGUGAAGUAAGAUUCUACCUUCACAAGUUUCCUCUAUUGUCCAAGAGUCAACACCUGCAAAAAUCAGGGCCCAAAUUGAGUGAGGAAAAUCUUGAUGAAAUUAACUUGGUUGAUUUUCCUGGUGGGCCUAAGGCAUUUGAAAUUUGUGCUAAAUUCUGCUAUGGAAUGACUGUUACCCUCAAUGCUUACAAUGUUGUGGCUGCUCGCUGUGCUGCUGAGUAUCUAAAGAUGACCGAGGAUGUAGAUCGAGGAAAUCUUAUUUUUAAAAUUGAGGUUUUUCUGAACUCUGGCAUCUUUCGUAGCUGGAAGGAUUCCAUUAUUGUCCUCCAGACCACCAGAUCUCUUUUGCCAUGGUCUGAAGAUCUAAAGAUUGUUGGGAGAUGCAUAGAUUCCAUUGCCUCCAAAACCUCGGUGGACCCUGCAAACAUAACAUGGUCCUAUACAUAUAAUCGCAAACUGUCAGUUUCUGAUAGAAUUGUUGAGGAGAUGAAGUUUCCAGAGAAAAUUGAGUCUGUUCCAAAAGAUUGGUGGGUUGAAGAUAUAUGUGAACUGGAGAUUGAUUUGUACAAGCGAGUCAUUGUUGCUGUGAAAUUAAAGGGAAGAAUGGAUGGUACUGUGAUUGGGGAGGCAUUAAAAACUUAUGCCGUUCGAUGGUUGCCAGAUUCUGUUGAUGCUUUGGUAUCUGAUAAUCAUUGCUGGAGGAAUAGGUAUUUUAUAGAAACAAUUGUUUGUUUAUUGCCUUCAGAUAUGGGUGUGGCUUGUUCGUGCAGUUUCUUACUGAAACUGUUGAAAGCUGCUGUUUUGGUUGGAGCAAGUGAUUCACCCCGAGAAGAUUUGGUGAGGAGGAUCAGUUUGAAGUUGUAUGAGGCUUCUGUCAAAGAUUUAUUAAUUCCAGCUCAGUCACCCCAAUCCACUUUAUAUGAUGUUGAAUUAGUGCAGUGCAUAGUGAAUCGUUUUGUGAUGCAUGAGAAGUACGGCCAGGAUUUUAAAGUUGAUGAGAAGAAUGAGAAGGAGACUGAUAGUUUUGCUUUGGGACACAGAUCAUUGUUGAAUAUUGGUAGACUAAUUGAUGGAUAUCUUGCAGAAAUUGCAAGCGACCCAAAUCUUACUCUUGCCAGUUUCAUUGACUUGUCACAUUCAAUUCCCGAUUCUGCAAGACCAACUCAUGAUGGACUUUAUGUGGCAAUCGACACCUAUUUGAAGGAGCAUCCUCGCCUAACAAAAACUGAAAGGAAGAAGAUAUGUAGUUUGAUGGAUGUCAAAAGAUUGACGAUGGAUGCAUCUAUGCAUGCUGCACAGAAUGAGCGACUUCCUCUCCGUGUCGUGGUCCAGGUUCUGUUUUUUGAGCAGGUUAGAACAGUUGCUGGGGUUCAAUCCCUUACAACCAACCCUGGAGAUGCUUCACAUUCGACAACUAACACAGAGGAGGAAUACGACAAGAAGGUAGCAGAUGAUUGCAAAUCCUUGAAUAAGCAGAUGAGUCAACUGAAAAUUAAAGAUGAGAAUGUCCGUAAAAACGAAAAGCUAACAAAAAAGAACAGCAAGAACAGCAAAAGUGGCAUUAAAUUACUGCCGUCACGAUCAAGAAGAAUAUUUGAUAAGUUGUGGGUUGUGGGUAAAGGGCAUGGAGAGAGUAGGAGUUCUGAAACGUCAGGAAGUUCUCACAGCCCAACUUCUGUGGCUCCUGGGGACACCAUGUCUUCUGGUUCGUCUUCAAGACAUAGGAGGCAUUCCAUCUCGUGAAUGAAGAAGAUUUCCCACUGUUGAAGGUGCAAAAGCCUAAAAGGUGGUGGUAGGAUUUUGAUAUUGUUGAUGAUGGGUUUGUUUAGGUUGCUUUUUUAUCCUGCCAUUAAAUGUAAAAUCAGUCACUUUCAAAUGCAUUGUCUUUAACGUUCAUUAGUUCCAAUUGUAAAAUCCGUUAUUCGCGUAUGAAGAUCACUAGUUCCUCUGAAA